AUUUCCACACUUUCACCCCCAAUGAAUCGCCAUGGUCGAUGCCUUUGAUCGGAGCCAUGGCGGAUGGAACGGCCGCAGCGGCCGGCGGCCGGAUCCCUUGCGACGGCCCGAAGAACAAAAACGGGCGCCCAGGGCAUCGUCUGAGGGAUGUGUUCGCCGGCGUCCACAGACCACGCAGGUCACAAAACCACCUGCGCAGUGUAUGUGGGUGGAUGAAAGACGUCGAACCAAGGCUACUGACACCAAAAAGUCUCAGCCUUCUGUGUCAGAAGACAUCUAUGAUCAAGUAUCUUCUUUAGUUGAGGAGCUUGAAGCAGCUCGUGCACGUGCAAUGGCUGCCGGUGGGCAAUUGCCUCGUGCAGUGGAAGCUGCUGCAUCUGCCUUGGAGCCUUUGCUGCGAUUGCGCGAUGUCACUGGGGCGGCCUGUGACCUCACCGCCAUGCCAUGGCUGCCACAGCUGCUGUCGGUCUUUCGGAACGUGCUCCGGACGGCCGUGGGUGGCGUGGUCCGUGCUGAUGCGGCCGCCAGCGAUUCGGCCCAAGGCGUGGCAGCUGCUGCACAAGCAGCCGCAGCUGCCGCAGCAGCGAUUUCUGCUCUAGGUGCAGGUCCCCAGGGCUUGUCACGGAUGGAGUCUGACGUUCUCCGGGAUCAGCUGAAAAAACAGGAUUCUCAGCUCAAGAUUGCUAAGCAAAGAGAGAUUGAGCUGCAGCAAAAACUGGAUGAAGUGCAAAAAGAAAGAGACAAGUUGUUGAACAAGGAGAGCGAUGGUGGCAACUGGUUCGCCAAGCGUGUUGUGGAUCUCGAACGCGAAGCCAGUGAAUGGAAUGCUGAAAGGCAAUCCGUGGAUGCCCGGAUCAGUCAGCUGGUGGAUAUCGUCAGUGCAGCGCUGGAGGACAAGCCCCUGCGCCGCGAGCGCAAGCAUGUCUCACCCAGGAGCUGAAGCAAGGUCCAGUCCAGUUGGCCAUGGAUCCGAGAACGUUAAUGACGUCAUAUGACGCCUCCCGAAAUGGCCAGGAAUGAGAGGGAAAA